CCUGCUCCUGGCACUCCUUCCUCUCUUGCCCUUCCCGCUGCCCUCCGCAGGAGUUUUGUCUCAAGUCGUUUCUCGCUUUCCCGUCGUGCCCGAAGCCAACCAGGGAGACUGCACGACAGACGUAUGAAGGCGCAGCUCCUGGUGGCCGGAUACCCCGUGACCUUCUUCCCAGGAGAUGUCACGUCCUUGUUCUCGUUGUUCUUUGACAACCUGUCCACACUCCUGACCCUUUCUGGAGCGAUCAUGUCUGUGCUCAGCGGGAGCCCGGACCUGGCACGCAAGAUAGUGUUCCGGCGCAUGGUGCCCGCUUGCGGUGUGAUGCUCUUCGUUGGUAACAUGUAUUACGGGUACCAGAGCGCACGCUUGACGAGGGAGAAGGGCCGCCAGUACACCGCACAGCCAUAUGGGCUGGGAGGUGCAGGCGCAUUUCCCUUCAUCUUCGGCAUCAUGCUGCCGAUUGCUAUGGGCGCCAUCUGCGACGUGAGCGGAGACAGGGCGGUCGAGGUCGCAUAUCAGGUUGGCGUUGCGGCCAAUUUUCUGACUGGCAUUGUGCACAUUGUGAUGGGCAUCGUUGGUCAUUACGUGCUCUGGCUGGCGCCCACGGCUGCGUUCCUGACGCCGCUCGCAGGCAUCGGCAUAGUCUGGCUGUCGAUCAACCAGAUCCUGCCCAACCUGUCGGCGCCCUUCCCAGGCCUGCUCCCGGUCUUCAUGUGCUUCUUCGCGUACUACUCGGGGUGCCUGCGGCGCGCGAGCGGCGAGGCCAGAGUCCCCGAGGCGCUGCAGAUCGUCGUCCCCGCCCUGGUCAUCGCCUACGUAUGGCAGGGGCCGGUCUUCUCCUUCGACCGAGUGGAGCAGGAGGUGGACAGCUUCGAGGGGAGAGGUCUUUAUUGGGCUGUCGGAGACAUCACCGAGGGGUUCAAGCACCUUGGCAAUUACUUGGGCAUAAUCCUCCCCAUCUCACUCCUGAAUGGUAUGCUUGACCUGAUGGUGCUCGUGUCUGCAAGGCAGGCAGGCGAUGCCUACAACAUCCGCGAGACCAUGAUCGCCGACGGCAUCGGCACCAUGAUCGGCGCCAUGCUGGGUUCUCCAAUCGAAACUGUGGUCUACAUCGGCCACCCAAUCCACAAGAGAAACGGGGCAGGCAACGGGUACUCGAUCAUGAACGGGUUCCUCUAUUUGAUCCUCACGCUCUCGGGCGUAUAUCCGAUCGUGGCCUCGGCCAUGCCGCUCACCGCCACUGGGCCCAUCAUCAUGGUUUUCGGCCUCAUCAUAACACAGCAGGCGUUCGAGUCUGUGAAGCCUCGCCAUUGGCCCGCGAUCAUCGUGGGCCUGUUCUUCUUCGUGCUGGAUUUUGCGGGCGCCGGCGAUUUGGUUGGGGACGGAAGCCAGGCAGGGGAGCUGGACGGGUACCUCUCGGGCUUUUACGGGAAGAUGGCCAUGACGCAGUCGGCGCCGCUGAACAGCCUGAUCUGGGCCAGCUUGAUAACCUUCACCAUCGACCGCCGCUGGGGCCGUGCCAUCUUUUGGUCCUGCUUUGCGGCCGCCUGCGCCGGUGCGGGCAUCAUCCACCAGCAAAAGGCCUUCCCCAGCCCGAGCGAGUUUGCGAACGGCCUGUUCGCGGCCGACGAGAGCUGCGGGGGCGGCGUCCCGGGCCUCUCAGAGGAGGCGAAGGAAGGCUACGGGCCCACUUCCCCGAUGUGGUUCAUGCUGGGCUACCUGUCGAUUGCCGCCACCUGUGCGGCGGCCUGGGGCCUGAACAAGGCUGGCUUCAAGGAGAGCUUUCCAGACCCGAUCAUUGAAGACGGCGUCGACGACAUCUUCGACAAUUGGUACGCGGAGCCGAAGCCCAACACGAAGCUGGACGGUAACACGAGCGACGGGGAGGGUUCGCGCAAUGAUCCGGUGUCGGACGAGACCAUCUGA